UAACAAUUUUUACUGUCAGCGAAGUGUCAAGUAUACAUGUGGGAUCCUUUUAACUAAGUUUAAUCAAUUUAUUGAAAUAAAAUGGGCAAGCAAAAGAAAACACGUAAAAUACAAAAACAACGUACAUCAAAACUGAAACGUUUAUUAAAGCCUACUGAUCAACGGAUUAAAGAAGGGAUACGGAAGACACGUAAAAAGCCAAUAGAUCCACACGCUUUGAAAGUGCACAAUGUUCAACAACAAAGUUCCGCACUGUUCUUCCAAUAUAAUACACAACUGGGUCCACCAUAUCACAUUAUACUCGACACAAAUUUCAUCAACUUCAGCAUUAAAAACAAACUGGAUAUCAUUCAGGGCAUGAUGGACUGCUUAUACGCCAAAUGCAUCCCCUAUAUCUCAGAUUGUGUUCGUGCCGAGUUAGAAAAGCUAGGAAGUCGUUAUAAAUUAGCGCUGCGCAUAAUUUCUGAUCCACGCUUUGAACGUUUACCCUGCCUACAUAAGGGCACAUAUGCGGAUGACUGUUUAGUAGAGCGAGUUCGCCAACAUAAAUGCUAUAUAGUAGCAACCAACGACAAAGAUUUGAAAAAUCGUAUACGCAAAAUUCCAGGUGUACCUAUUAUGUACGUAGCUGCGCACAAAUAUGCCAUAGAACGUAUGCCGGAAGCGUACGGUGUAAAAGCGUAAUAUUUAUUAGUUUUUGAGUAGUAGUUAGUUAGGUUAAAUUGCAGUGUUAUAAUUUAUAAACUAUAUGCUGUAUGUAAUUAUCACAAUCUGAACAUAACUGAAUAAGAAAGAAACACACAAAAAACACACUCAUGUGCAUUUAUAUUUAUGUUUAUAUGCAGGUAUAGACAUUUAUAAACCAUUGUUGAAACUAUUUACAUACAUAUAUUCCAAUAUUAACCGGCAAUUUUGUCUAUUGUUUGAAUUAAAGUUUAUAAAGGUUUCGAUUCACAAAAUAUUUUUCAGUAAAAUCAGCUGUACAAAAUCCAAUAUGGUAUGUAGGAAAUCCUUUGAUAGAAUCUAUUGAAUAAAUAAACAAGAUGCUUUGUUUUAUAUUUAUAUUUUUCA